GUUUUUUGUUGACAACAACACGUGUGGUUUACGUCGAAAAAAAUAUAUUUUUCGUAAAAUUUACCUAAAAAAUGAGUGUUGAAAAUAUUUACACUUCUAUCGGCUGCAACCGUACCACAGAAAGUGCGGACUGGGGCAGUAAUGGCUUAAUUGCCUUUGGAGCAUGUAAUGCCGUGGCCAUUUAUGAUCCACAGUUCGAGGCGUAUUCAGCAAAAAUAACCCACACCUACGUCAGACACUCGAAAAGAGUUAACACUGUAAGAUGGUUAAAAAGUUUCCAGCAAGAUAAAGAAAUAUAUUGUUUGUCCGGCUCUGAUGACAAAUUGGCUAUCUUAUGGAAUAUUGAAAAUCGUGAUGACGUCAAAAGUUUUGAGUUAAAAGGUCACGAAAGUGGAGUUAAUGCGGUCGAUGGUUUACAGCGCUCGAAUGGAGAAUGGUUACUUGCGACAGCUGCUGCUGACUCCACUAUAAAAUUAUGGUCAUUUAAUGAAAACAAUGAAGAGCCCAUUUGUAAACAAACUUUACUUUUAAAUACUGGAUUUUGUUUCACCCUAAGACUCAAGUUAUUACCCAAGUCCGAACAAGUUUUACUAGCUUUUACAGCUGAUGAUGAAAGUGUGGCCCUAUGGGCUGAAGAUGUUGUACAAGAACAGCAAUGUGAUGAAUUUAAAUUUCAGCCUGUACAUAAAUUGCUGGGACACGAAGAUUGGGUACGUGGCUUAGAUUUUGUACGUGAAGGAGAUGAUUUACUAUUGGCCAGCUCUUCACAAGACAAUUUUAUACGUUUGUGGCGCAUAGCUCCCAGAAGCGCAGAGCAGGUUCUCAACAAUAAAGUAGACAUAUUCAAUUUAUUAGAUGAAGCUACUGGCGAAAUACGUGUUGAGGAGAAAAUUCUACAGUUGACCGGAGAUUCGUGGUAUGCCAUUAGUUUGGAGUCUGUAUUGUAUGGCCACGACAACUGGGUGUAUGGCGUUAAUUGGUAUAAAUCAUCCGAACAAUCUCUAAGUUUGCUUUCUGCUUCCAUUGACAAAACCCUAAUUAUAUGGCAGCCUUCUGAAGAAGGUGGCAUAUGGAUGGAAAAGGUGCGUUUGGGUGAAGUUGGUGGCAAUUCAUUGGGUUUCUUUGGUGGCAAAUUCUCCAGCAAUGGUAAAUCUGUACUCGGUCAUAGUUAUCAAGGUGGCUUCCACAUCUGGAAACAAUCGGAUGAUAAUGAGGCACUUUGGUUACCACAAGUAAAUGCGGGUGGUCAUUUUGGAGAAGUUCGCGAUUUGGCAUGGGAACCUCAAGGCGAAUAUGUUAUGAGUGUUUCUGCUGAUCAGACAACACGUAUACACUCGCCAUGGCGUCACGAUGCAGAAACCUGGCAUGAGUUGGCACGUCCUCAAGUUCAUGGUUAUGAUAUGCAAGCGUUAGCUUUGUUGUCACGUUAUAAAUUUGCCAGUGGUGCUGAGGAGAAAAUUGUAAGAACUUUCCAAGCUUCUGCAAAUUUCAUCGAGAACUUUAGACGAAUUACCAAAGCAGAAGAUGACAAAGAAGGCGAUCAGUUGUUGGAAUCUUUACCCAAAGGAGCUUCAGUACCUUCACUAGGCUUAUCAAACAAAGCAGUAUACACCGUGGAAAAUCCAGCCACUGAGCAGCGUCAUGUUAAAGAUGAAUAUCCCGAAAACUAUUUUACACCCAUCACCUUAAAUGCCCCACCACAAGAAGAGACCCUUAUGCAAAAUACUCUAUGGCCAGAAAUCCAAAAACUUUAUGGACAUGGUUACGAAAUUUUUGCCUUGGCCUCUUCACCCGAUGCUACAUUGUUGGCAUCGUCUUGCAAGUCGUCGAAUGCUGAACAUGCCCAAAUUAUUCUCUGGAAUACAGCCACUUGGAAGCAAAUUCAAAAAUUAUCUGGUCAUCAAUUGACUGUAACACAAAUGCGUUUUUCACCCAAUGGUCAAUAUCUGCUGUCAGUUUCGCGUGAUCGCAGAUGGUCGUUGUUCCAGCGUCAACCUUUGGAUAAUGAAAGUAAUAAAGUUGCUACAUUUGCUUUGUCCGCCUGCACGGAUAAAACGAAUGGUGUACAUACACGUAUUAUAUGGUCUUGUGAUUGGUCUCAUGAUAGCCAAUAUUUUGCCACCUCAUCCAGAGAGGGAAAAGUUGUGAUAUGGUGUAAAACAGAAGAAACAGAGAGUUCAGAUGCUAACAAAUGCACUCUAAAUGGUUGGAAGGCUUUAGAUGUUUUGGAACUUAAAAAUGAGUCGAUUACGGCCGUUACUUUUGCUCACACUUUGCAUGCGAAUGGUUCAUACAUUUUAGCUUUGGGUUGCGAAAGUGGUUUAAUACAUGUCUAUCAAUUUAAUGGCAAAUUUACUUUGUUAUUGUCACUAAAUAAAUCACAAUCUCAUCAUCUAACCGUAAAACGCUUGCAAUUUAGACCCUGUACCAGUGAUAAUACGCAAUUCCAAUUGGCCAGUUGUGGUGAAGAUCAUUUGGUUAGAGUUUAUCAAUUAAAUUUAUAAUUUAUUAAGUUUUGCUAAUUAAUUGUAAUGCAUACAUUUUUUUAUUAAAAUAAAUAUUUACAUAUGUAUAUUAAAGUUUAAAUAAAAUGUUCAUUUAUUGAGUUUUUUAUAAUUUUUAGUUA